AUGGAUGCAGAAGAUGAACAAAGUCUCGAAGAACGUCUUCGUGCACAGAAUACUACUACUAAUAAUAACAUUACUACCACUACUAAUAAUAAUAAUAAUACAAAUAAACCUUUAACAACUCGUGUAACAACGUCAACUGUUAAAUCCAAUCGACAUACAUUUAAAGAUGAAAAAAUUGAAUCUCAUACUGAUAAAAAUGGUGUUUGUUAUAGAGUCGGAGAUCAUGUUUAUUUGGAAACAAAUAAACAAGCUGAACCAUAUUCAAUAGCUAGUAUUCUUGAUUUUCGUUUAACAAGAAAAGAUCAUGUUAUGCUUGAAGUACGUUGGUAUUAUAGACCUGCUGAAAUUCCACCUAAUCUUUAUCAUCUUCUUAUUGAAGAUCGUUAUCAUGAAAAUCAGGGUAACAAUCAAACAUCAUCAAUUAAAGAUAAACAAACGAAAGAUUCUGGUAUAAUACAAGAUCCAAAUAUUAUUGGUCGUGAAUUAUUCGUAUCGGAAAUCAAAGAAUUCUAUCCGGCCGUACACAUUAAAGGUCGGUGCCGUGUUGCUCAUUAUCAAGAUAUUGAAGAAGCUCGUGCAUUUAAACCUGAUCCGGAUACAUUUUUUUAUAUAUUAACAUACAAUCCUGAAGCGCGCAGACUGGCGAACACGCAAGGUGAAAUACGUGUUGGCCCAUCACAUCAAGCCAAAUUGCCACUUUUGAAAUCAUAUUCAUCAUCAUCAUUAACAAAUGGUAUUAAUGAUGAUUUAUGUUCAUUACGUGAAGAAUUAUUAUGGAAAAAUAAAACAUCCGAUAUUGAUUUAUCCAUGUAUUUACAAGCCGCACGAUCAAUUGCAGCAUUUGCUGGAAUGUGUGAUAGAGGUUUACCAGAAGAUAUGUAUGAAGUAGCACAACGAGAUGAUACAACAAUAAAUGCAUUAACUGUUUUACAUAAUCAUGAUUAUGAUUGUAAACGUGCUAUACAAGCACUUGUUAAAUGUCCAAUACCGAAAGGUAUUGAUAGAAAAUGGUCAGAUGAUGAUCAAAAAAAAUUUAUCAAAGGUUUAAGACAAUAUGGAAAAAAUUUUUAUCGUAUACGUAAAGAACAUUUACCACAUAAAGAAACAUCAGAUUUAGUAGAAUUUUAUUAUUUAUGGAAAAAAACUCCACAAGCACAAUCAAGUCGUCCACGUCGUCGACAACGUCCAUGUUCAACAUCAACUAAUUUAUCAACAACACCAACACCAGCUAAACAACGUAAUACAAAAACAAAUAAUAAAGAUGGAUCCGAACAUAAUUCUGAUAAUGAUGAUAAUGCGACAACAACAGAUACAGAUGAACAAUUUUGUCGUCAUUGUCAAACAACAUCAAAAGAUUUACAACCAGGUGGACGUGAUAGUCAACAAUUAUGUUAUGAUUGUAGGAUGUAUUAUAAAAAAUAUGGUGAAAUGCCAAUUAUAAAUCAAGAACCACCACCAUAUUUAUUUAAACCAUUAAAUGAAACAAGUCCAAGUAGUAGUAGUAAAAGAAAACGUAAUAAAUUUAAACAGUCAUCAUCACCACCACCACCGCCACUACCGCCACCACCACCACCACCACCAUUACCUCCAUCAUCAACAUCAACAUCAACAGUUGAAAAAUCUGAUGAAAAUAAUUUAUCAAUAAAAACUUCAUCAACACGUUCAAAAAAGAAAACUCGUAUUAAUGAACAAACUUCAUUAAUAAAACAAGAAGGAGGAGGAGAAGAAGAAGAAAAUAUAAAAGACGAACCAACAAUAAAUACUGUAAUUAAAAAAGAAGAACAAGAAAAUGAAAAACCAUUAAUAGAACCUUUAGAUUCGAUACCUACGACAACAACAUCAGGUUUUCUCAUUAAAACUGAAGAAUUAUCAUCAUCAACCCUAUCUCAACCACUACCACCACUAAUAACUAAUCCGAUAGUAUGUAAACAAGAAAUCAAUUCUCCAUCAUCAAUUUUAUCAACUGGUGCUGCAAAAAUAACAAAUAAAAUUCUUAUUGAUCAUACAAAACAAACAAAUUCAAAUUUUAUUUUAUCUCCAUCAGCAACAAUUAAAUCUGAGCAAAUAAAUCCAAAUGAAAAUUUAUCAACACUUCAUUCGAAUUUAUUACAAUCAUCAUCAUUAUUAUCUUCGCCUCGUUCAGCAUUUUCACGUACAUCAAAAACAUCAUCUAUUCAUAGCCCUGAUCAACGACGAAUACCUAAAGAUGAAGAAUUAGAUUCUCCAUCAUCACAUCGAUCACAAUCACAUUUAAAUAGUCUUAGUCAUACACCGAAAUCAACUCCGAUUCAUCCAACCAUUCUUAGUGGUGAUGUAAUUCCAUCAUCUCUUAGCUUACCACUACCAACAUCAGCACCGCCACUACCACCACCACCACCACUUCUUAUUCCAUCAUCAUUAAAUGAAUCAAAAGAUAACGAUUCAUUAACAAACGAUAUUACUGAUGAUGGAAAUAUAUCGGAUAGUUCAAUAAGUGGUAACCAUGAAAUCAUAUGGGAUAAUGGACCAGCACCGUUAACAUGUGAAAGAGAAUGUUAUAAUAAACCGCAAAGCAUUGUUUUAUUACAAGUUUACGAUCGAUCAAUAUCGCAAAAUUCUUGUGCACGUACCGAUAUCAUACUUAAACGUGGUUCACGUGUACGCCAGAAACAACAACAACAGCAACAAGUAUCAUCAAAUAAUAAUGAGCAACAACAACAACAACAACAGCAACAGCAACAACAACAACAACAACAACAACAACAACAACAACAACAACAACAGCAACAACAAGAAAUGUCAUCAAUGUCUUCAUUACCACCAGUACCAUCAUCUGCCACUUUGAUGAUGAUGGGACUUAAACAAGAGAAAUUACCCUUCUCUUUGGAUAAAGGGCCGCCAUUACUUCAUACAUCUGGUCCAUCACCAUUUCCAACACUUAAUCCUCAUCAUGAUCCAUUAUUAAUGAAUCGUGGUAGUUCUUUAUUUCAUCCAUUACCAUUACAUGCUCUACCCGGUGGACCUAAACCACCUGGAACUGGUGCAAAUGGGCCACCGCCAUUAAAUUUUUCUUCCCCCUUUGCUCCAUCAUUACAUGAUAAUGCUGCUGCAUUACGUCAUCUAGAUCCGUUAGGUUUUCGUUUAAUGAAUCCUGCAGCAGCUGCAGCCGCUGCUCAAUUAUUUGCUGCUCAAACACAUUAUAAUAAUAGUGUUGGACGUCCAACUCCUGGUAGUUUCGAUCCUACUACUGCAGCUCUUUUACUUGAUCCUCGUUACCGUAGUAUGAUGCAACCAUUUGGUACUCCAUCCCCUUCAUCAUCUGUAUUACCGUCACCAUCAAAUAGUACGUCAGCAUCCGCUAAUUCUGUUUCAAAUAACACACAUAACCAUUCUCAUAUUCAUUCUCAUUCACAUACACAUCUUCAUUUGGGUAACAAUAAUGAUUCAUCAUCAUCAUCAAAUAAUUCAAAUGGACCUACAAUACCACCACCACCACCACCAUCAUCAAUGAUGCCAUUUGGUAAUCCUCUUUCAAGUCUAUCGCACGGUGGCCCGUUAUUACAUUCAGCUGGUCCUCCACCACCACCUCCAACAUCAAUGGCAAGUCUUGAAGCAAUGCAUAAUUUUUCACGUGAACGUGAAUUAAUGGCAUUUAUGUUAGCUAAUGGUGCACGAUUUGAUCCAAUGGCAUUAGCACUUGCUACUAAUCCACUUCAAAUGCCACGUCAUGAGGAUCUCUCUCGAUUAAAUGCACGAGAACGAUCAAUACGUGAACAUAAUGAAAAUGAAUUUCGUCGUUUCAAUUUAGAUAUUGAAAGACAACAACAACUUCGAUUUCCAUUUCAUCAUUAA